AUGGCAUCGUCACAAAAAAGUAUCGCACUUGUUGGUUCAGGUAAUUGGGGAAGUGCCAUUGCUGGCCAUAUUGGUGAAAAAAUUCGUGACUUAAAAGGUCAAUAUAAUGAACGAUUAUUAAUGUGGUGUAAAGAAGAAACAUUAGAUGAUGGACGUAAAUUAACUGAAGUUAUUAAUAAAGAACAUGAAAAUGUUAAAUAUUUACCGGAUAAAAAAAUUCCUGAAAAUGUUAUUGCUGAGCCUGAUCUAAUUAAAGCAGUUAAAGAUGCUGAUAUACUUGUUUUUGUUAUUCCACAUCAAUUUGUAAAAGAAACUUGUGAAAAAUUAAAAGAUAAAAUCAAAAAAGAUGCAUUUGCAUUAACAUUAGUUAAAGGAUUUUAUGUUGAUGAAAAAACCAAUGAACUCCAACUUGUUUCGGAAAUUAUUACAAAGACAUUAAAUAUUCCAUGUCUUAGUAUGAUGGGAGCUAAUAUUGCAAAUGAAGUAGCUGAAAAAGUUUUUUGUGAAGCAACAAUUGGUUCUCGUGAUGAUAAACAUAGUGAAACAGUUCGAGAAUUAAUUGAUACACCUGUUUUUCGUUUACGUUUUUAUCCUGAUGUUGAAAUAAUUGAAAUGCUUGGUGCUUUAAAAAAUGUUAUUGCAAUGUUAGCUGGUUUUUCUGAAGGUUUAGAAGCAGGAUUUAAUACACGAGCUGCUGUUCUUCGUUUAGGCUUUCGUGAAAUGAUUAAUUUCUGUCGUUUAUAUAAAAAAGAAUCAACACCAGAUAUUUAUUUAGAAUCAUGUGGUAUAGCUGAUUUAAUCGCAUCAUCAUUAGGUGGACGAAAUUAUAAUGGUGCAAAAAAGAAAGCUGAAACAAAUAAAUCUUUAAAAGAUAUUGAAAAAGAAGAUCUUAAUGGACAAUCAUUACAAGGUCCAGGCACAGCUAAAGAAGCUUAUCAAUUUCUCGAAGGAAAAAAAUUAUUAGAUCAAUUUCCAUUAUUUCGUGAUGCACAUCUUAUUUGUGAAGACAAAAUUAAACCAAAAGUAUUUCUAGAAAAUUUAAGUAAACAUCCAGAAUUCGAUCGUAAACAAUAA